GUGCCUCGGUCUGACCCUGGAGUCGCGCGCCGAUUCUCUGGAUCCUGCCAAGUCAGCGCCAGGUCAGCGCCCGCUCCACCAUCCGCGUCCUUCCAAUUCUGUGUUUAUUUUCGCUUUCGUUGUGUAGAACCUCUGGGUGCGUAGACUUUGUGUGGAACUGUCGUGACGAUGGCCAUAGGCUAGAAUGCGAGGUGCGUUGCUGACGCCCUCCAGCCAACACUGUGGCCUUAGACAAUUCCUUAGCACACGGCCGAGCGCCAUAGAGCAGCGCUCCCCAAGCGCUUUUAAUUCCAAUUCGUCCAGCAUGCUACUGCUGCAAACACACAGCAACUACGGUUCGUCCUUCACUGAUUUAUUAUCGCCUCAAUAUCAAGAAGACUCUUCUGAAAUCUUAGAAGAAAACUUAGAUCCAUUCCCUGACGUAGAAUUCCAUGCACCGAUACUCCCUGAAAUAAAAUCUCAGCGAACAACUCCAGUGAGUGAAACCCCAUCGCCUACGCUUGGGCCUGCCUUGCCGAGUUUUGAAGAAACAUACUCAGUUCGUUAUCCUAAACAAGAAAUGGCAGAAUUUGGCAUCAAGAUGGAUGAAGACUGCUACAACGUCAGUGCAUACUCCCACCAAGGGCAUGCAUCAACGCAACUGUUAUAUCAGUAUCAUCAACCAUCACUACCUUACGUUCCAUCACCUUACUAUGCACCCGCUCAGCAGUGCUCUCCAACAUUCGACACUGGUGGUGUUACAAAUACUCAAGAGACAUAUUCAUUGCCACCAUUUCCUAGUUCAGUGGACUUACAUAUAUGUUCGGACCAAGGAGCUAGACAACGAAGAUCAUCCUUGCCGGUCCAGAGAUCAGAAUCUAGUAGUUCCAACGACAGUCCUAAAUUACAUGGCAGUAGAGUACACUGUAUGCAAGCAUCGGCACCGAGCUCUGCGUCCAGCUCGCCUGGCGGAACUCAGCAAGACAACUCAGGAUCAAGAGCAGCGCCACCGUCGCCGAGUCAACUUUGUGCUGUUUGUGGAGAUACUGCUGCAUGUCAGCAUUACGGUGUACGGACUUGUGAGGGAUGCAAAGGAUUUUUCAAAAGAACUGUGCAAAAAGGUUCUAAAUACGUUUGUUUAGCGGAAAAAUCGUGUCCAGUGGAUAAGAGAAGAAGAAACAGGUGUCAGUUUUGUCGGUUUCAGAAGUGUCUUGCUGUAGGGAUGGUGAAAGAAGUUGUGCGGACUGAUUCGCUCAAAGGAAGACGAGGCAGAUUACCCUCUAAACCUAAAUGCCCUCAAGAAUCUCCUCCAAGUCCACCAAUUUCUCUUAUAACAGCAUUGGUCAGAGCUCAUGUCGACACAUCGCCUGAUUUUGGAAAUCUUGAUUAUUCACAAUAUAGAGAGCCGAAUCCAAUGGAGGCACCUAUUUCGGAUUUAGAAGUAAUCCAACAAUUUUAUUCGUUACUGACAACGUCUAUUGAUAUGAUAAAAAUAUUCGCAGAGAAAGUACCUGGUUUUGGCGAACUCUGCCCUGAGGACCGAGAGCAACUUUUUGCAUCUGCGCGCCUCGAAUUAUUCGUUUUACGUUUGGCUUAUCGCACUCGCCCAGAGGAUACUAAACUCACCUUCUGCAAUGGACUGGUCCUCGAUAAACGUCAAUGUCAGAGAUCUUUUGGAGAUUGGUUGCAUGCUGUUCUUGACUUCAGUAAUACCCUGCACUCCAUGGAUAUCGACAUAUCUACUUUUGCCUGCCUGUGUGCAUUGACUCUUAUAACAGAGAGACACGGCCUGAAGGAGCCACACCGAGUUGAACAAUUGCAAAUGAAGAUUAUCGGAUGUCUACGCGCCCACAUGCCUUGUGGUGGAAACACCAAUGCUGUAGGCGCGCCGCACUUCAGCCGCGUACUUGGUGCGUUGCCCGAGCUACGGUCACUCUCCGUGCAAGGUCUUCAGCGGAUCUUCUACCUGAAGCUUGAAGACUUAGUGCCAGCGCCGCCUCUCAUCGAGAACAUGUUUCGCGCUAGCCUUCCCUUUUAAGCAAUUCGGUUACCCCAAUUUUUUUAAUUUCGAACAUGCUGAGGACCAUGCCCGCCUUCAAAACCCAUUUUCUUCAGUCUAGAGCCGACUCCGUUAUUUUUAUAAGCGUAUACUUACAUUAAAAAUAUUUUUCUAGACUCUAGUACAGGACUCGAUCUCCGCGGAAUCGGUUUAUGCUUGUUGUAUGAAUUAUGAAUUAUUAUGUAUUAAUUAUUUUUAAGUAAGGAAAACAAUCUACCAUGUAGGUACUCUGUCGCUUAAAUAAUAAGCUUAAUUUAUUGUAAAUGUAUAUAUUUGUGUGAUUUAUCUUAAAAAGGUAUCUAAAUAUUUAGUAGUCUGCAUUUAAGUUACCGCUCGUAAUCAAUGGCAUCUCGUCGUACAAAAUAUUCCUACGUUAUUUACUUGUGUAUUAUUAAAUAAGAAAAAUCUAGUCACAAGACUUACAAAUGUUAAAAAUUUGGCUCGUAAACACCGAAUUUUAUAGAAAAUUUAUGAGUAAUUAAGAUAUUUGUUGAUAUAUAAUUGAGUGUGAGUGAAAGAAAUGUGGAUUGCAAGCAUCGCGCAAGAGCUUCGGGCGUCGACUGCGAUGCGCUCGAAGCAAGGUUCGACCCAGAACGUAGAUGGAAGUUACCUUUUAGGUUUAAAUUAUUUUAUAACUAUUUCAUAGAAUGUUAACGUGAAUUGUUAAAAUAAAAAUAUACAUUUAAGGUAAGAGAAAAAGUUCAGCAUCCCUAAUAUAGACUCCCAACUUCAACGUGUCUUAAACAGUACCUUCUUAGAUAGGUAGAUAAGAUCUUUCCUUUUGUAAAUGUUAUGUACUCUUUAAAGUAAAAUUUUACUGUAGUAAUCACCUAAAACAUAUCAAUGUAAUUUUGUAGAAUGGUAUAAUAGAGUGGCAAUAAAUCUUAAGUGACUAUUUUCAAGCAAUUUAAAAUGUUUAAAUGCGUCCCACGUUGAACACUCAAACUUUUUAUAUAAACGGGCAAUCGAACGCAAAUAAAUCUCCUUAUCUUGUAGCUUAGGGCCUUCAAACAUCUCAGCUUAAUAAUAUUAGUCACUCUAUAGAUGAACGAUAGACUUCAAUGAAUAAAUCAGCGUAAAGAAUCCAAUUGGACCAAAAUGUUAGUAAGAACAAACAACUUGUUGGCAUAAUGUUGGAAAUAGCUAAAAGCGUAAUUAAUAAAUUUAAUA